AUGAACAGUUUUCCUUUGACGUUUCGCCAGUUGAUUGCUAUCAGAAUACUACUUUUUCCAUCACAUUCGUAUAAAUAUUUAUGUGUUAUUGUGUGCGUGUGUGUUGAAACGAAAAAGUUUACAAUUUUUUUUUUUCAAAUUAUUAACGAAAUUUAGCGUAAACAAAACAUUAUGCUCAGCCAAAGGUUUGCUAUAUGAAACAAAAUAAACGCAACUAGUGCACUGCUACGAAUGUGAUAUAGUAAAGAAGCGAAAGAAUUCGCCACAAAAAUCAUAAAAAAUAUAAAUUGAAAAAAUUCAAUAAAUGUGGUAAAAAGCUUGCUUAAAGUUCUUAUGUUACCAAUUAAAGCACAAAUAGUUUACAACUACAAUAUCUACAUACAUACAAACAUAUGAGUAUGUGUAUAUCAAUGCAACGAAAAGUAAAUUCAACAUUUAACAGUGCAACUUGAAGUAAAAAAGGAAAACCAAUUAAAACCUACAACAAUAAUAUUACCAACAACAACUACUAUUUCUAUUUACCCAACGGCUUAACUAAUUAACGCAACAAACGUCAAGUGCAACGCGUCGGUUAAAAAGCAAAAAAAAAGGGGGGCAGUAAUAUAAGCCACACGCAAGAAAGUGCAAUCUUAAAGUAAAACAGAAACAAAAAACCGAAAACAUUUUUUUUUAUACAGACACUUUCGGUUCAACAUAGUCACCAGCAACGUAACCAUCGCCUGUAGUGCGAAAGUCAACAAAUUGUAACGUCUGAGCCCUGCAGCAAGAGCAAAAUGCCUGGUGGCAGCGGAGGUGGCAAUGGCUACGAGGAGGUGGCCGCCGCCAGACGGGGUCGCUUUCAUGUGACCUCAACGGCAGCACAAGGACCACCAGAGACGACCUUCGGACGAUUUCGUCUAAUGCCUACGUCUAAUUAUGGCGCUAUUUCGCCGAUAUUACAUCGUGGUCGCUUUGCUGUCAUACCCGAGGAACCACAAGGUUCUCCGGCGCAGGGCACACCACCAGCGGGUGGUGCGCUGCGUUCACCUUCGCCGGAAUGGGAUUUCGAUAUUGAACAGUUUUGGAAAGAUGAUUUGCAAGCGAUGAAAGACAACUUCCAAAUCAAUCAAUUCUCUACCGACUACCAAUUGGAUGUGAAGUGGCGUAAGAUUAUAUCUUGGAUGUCUUCUGUUUGAUGUUGGUUCGGAUAUCGUGAAUUCCAAUUAUAAAAGGAGCUAAAGAAAUGGUUGGUUUUUUGUUCGUUCUGUGCAACAGCACAGUCUUUAAGCCUCUCACUGAACCAUUGAUGAAUAAAUGCCAUACUCGUACAUCGACGUUGUUUUCCAUUUCCAAUUUACAUACCGAGUCUGGGAUAUGAUUGUAGUAAAAGAAUGUAUUUUCAUCGUUGAGGGUAUACAAUUUCUGCAAAUCAGCUUUAUUUUUUUGCUGUGUGGGUUUUUUGCUCUUCAAAAAUGUGGUCAAAAAUCCCGCAUUCCUUUGCGUUAAAUCCCAUUUAGCCGCAAUUUAAU